AUGAGGUUAACUGUAGGAGCGAACGCAUCUGAUAUCGAAGAGAUUAAAGCUUUUGCGAAUUGGUUGCUCGAGUUGGGCGAGGGAAAGAAUAGUGACAGUGACGAUUGUCAAGUGGUUAUAGAUAUUCCUGAAGAUCUAGCUAUAUUGGCACCAACAAACGAGGUUGUUCAAGAAAUUAAUGAAAGAUUGCUUGCUUCGUUUCAUGGCGAUGAAGUGGAGUAUCUGAGUUCUGAUAGUAUUUGUCAAACUGAUAAAGGAAAGAACGAAGCACAUGCGAGACUAUAUUCUCCCGAUGUUCUGAAUGGUCUUAAAAUUUCUGGUCUGCCUAAUCAUCGAUUAGUCCUUAAAGUUGGUGUACCUGUAAUGUUGCUUCGUAAUAUUGAUCAACAAAAUGGUUUAUGCAAUGGUACGAGACUACAGAUUACUAAACUUUAUAAAUGUGUUAUAGAGGCUGAGAUUAUAUCCGGCGGAAACAUAGGGACCAGAACGUUUAUUCCACGAAUCAGUUUGACACCGUCGAAAAAAAGAAUUCCUAUCAAGUUUCAAUGA